UGGGGAACAUCACUAUCCUGUUUGUGAUCCAGACUGAAAGCAGCCUCCACCAGCCCAUGUUUUACUUCCUGUCCAUGCUGGCUGGCAUUGAUCUGGGUCUAUCCACAGCCACCAUCCCCAAGAUGCUGGGCAUUUUCUGGUUCAAUCUCAGGGAGAUUGUAUUUGGUGCCUGCAUCACACAGAUGUACACCAUCCAUGUAUGCACUGGCCUGGAGUCUGUGGUGCUGACAGUCAUGGCCAUAGACCGCUAUGUUGCCAUCUGCAACCCCCUAAGAUAUAGCAUGAUCCUCACCAACAAGGUGAUAGCAAUUCUGGGCAUAGUCAUCAUUGUCAGGACUUUGGUCUUUGCGACUCCAUUCAUAUUCCUCAUCUUGAGGUUGCCUUUCUGUGGUGUCCGGAUUAUCCCCCAUACCUAUUGUGAACACAUGGGCUUAGCAAAGUUAGCUUGUGCCGGUAUUAAGGUCAAUGUUAUCUAUGGUUUGAUUGCCUUCUCAGUGGGAUACAUUGAUCUUUCUGUGAUUGGAUUUUCCUAUGUCCAAAUCCUCAGAGCAAUCUUCCAUCUUCCAUCCUGGGAUGCCCGGCUUAAGGCACUCAGUACCUGUGGCUCCCAUGUCUGUGUCAUAUUGGCCUUCUAUCUGCCAGCUCUCUUCUCCUUCAUGACACAUCGCUUUGGAUACAACAUCCCUCAUUACAUCCACAUCCUUCUGGCCAAUUUGUAUGUGGUUGUUCCCCCUGCCCUUAAUCCUCUUAUCUAUGGGGUCAGGACAAAACAGAUAAGAGAGCGUGUAUUAAGGAUGGUUAACCCUAAAAGCCAGUGAU